CCACGAACUAAAAAUGGCCGUUUAGCUGCUUGUGAGCCCUGCCAGAAACGAAAGUAUGCAUGUGAUCGCUCUCUUCCAGCAUGUCUACGCUGCCAGCGAAGUCGGGUGAAGCGGCCUUGCAGAUAUAUUGCAGCGAGCCCCCAGCAGGCACAGGGCUCCGGCCACCCUUCCGACGAUUCUGGCAACGCUCAUUCCAUAUACCCGCAAGAUGAUUCCACGACAGAUUCUUUACCAUCAAGCCGUGUAUUUGAAGCUAUCGAACUGACACCUAAUAUGCCGACCCUAAAUUCUCUAAAUUCUCUGAAUGAGAGCAACGUUCUCAACAUCAACGACUUACAAGCCGCUUUGGAUGCCCUAUCUUGCUUGCCAAGUCUCGAGGCCGAGCAUAUACUUGGUAAAUCUCACAUCAAUGUGUUCAAUGGGUGGCUUCCGUUCUCUACGACGCAGACUUUAACCGAACUAAGACGUACUUAUCCUUCUGCAUUCCGGCAAGACCAGCAAAGAGAGCAUUUAACUGAACUGGCACUCACCAUCUUUUCAAAUACUGCAGAAGCACUAUCCAAUGACCAGGAUUAUCUAUCAGAAGACUGGUACACGUCAUUCUCCGGCACCAGGAUAAGAUGGGAGAUAAUCGGGCUACUCUUCAGCAGCUGGGCUAUAUUCGCCCUUCAUAACAAAGUGCACAUCAGUCAAUAUCGACCCAGAGUACUAGUGGCCAAGUUUUUCGACAUCAUGGUAACCUGUAUCAGAUUCUGUCGUUUGGCCAAAGCCAGCAAUCUAUUUCUUCUUUACCUCUCAUACCGGACAAGCAUCGUUUCGUCUAUUAUGAAUGGGCCUGAUAAUGCCAACUUUUGGAAACUUCACUCAGAAACGGUGUCUAUGGCAUGUUCUUUACGACUUCAUGCUAUGCCUGACUCUUCACUACAGGACUGUCAUUCGAAAAAACAAUCUGAGCGCCGUCUUUUCACUGCAAUAUAUAUUCUUGAUAAAUCUGCUGCGAUCUUUUCAGGCAAAAUUCCUCUUCUCACCUCGCAAUACUGUUCUACGGCUUUGCCACUGGAUAUCUGCGAUACCAUUAUGUUGCAAAGGAAGCCUGCUCGAACUGCAGAUCUUGUUUCACUAGAAAUUGAUAACUAUGGCUGGAAUAUUAGUGGUGAAAUUUAUUGUACAACUACUCUUCGGGCAAGAAGCUUGAUAGCGCACCUGCGAGAAGAAAUCCUCAUUAUUGCCUUAAAUAAUAAACGGAAAAUCCUGCCUGAUUUGAUCGAAUUAAAGCUGAAGCAAGUCCAUAUUUAUAGUCAACUUCCUAGCUGGCUUCAGUUAUCUGAUGGCGAUGAGAAGUCCAAAUCGCCGGAUCCUCGUGUUUUAUACACUAAACUCUUCAUUCGACUAGAGCAUCUGCAAAAUGUCUUCCUCAUUGAAAGAUUAUUGACCCAUAUGCAACCCAAGGCUGCUCAGAAUCUAAUCAAUGUUUGUUUGGAUAUCAUAUCAGUUACAGUCGCCUUCUGGACGCGGAAUGAUUGCCUCGUGGGUAUGGAGGGAGACUACGAGUGGUUUAUCACAGGCUACGCCAUUCCAGCUGCUGUCACUUUAUGCAAAACCCUUCUUCUAGCGCACGAUCAAGGCUCAUCUAUAUCGUCAACUCCCACCUCAGCUAUUAUUCAACAAUUAAGCUUACUCAACGCUUUUACGGAAUGGCUGAUGCUCCGGGUGCCUUGUACGAGUCGAUGUUCCAAGGCGAGCAGUCUGAUCAUGCGAGUUUUGGACCAAGUACUC